CCAGCUUUGAUAUCCAAAAGAUUUCACAUUACAUGUACGACUGAAAAUUUAAAAAUAUCGAAAUCGUUCAGAUACCAAACUCAAUCUCAAUUCUACAAAUCCACCGGCGGUGUUUCUAAUAAAGCGUUUGAGGCACGAUAUCUGUCAUAUUUCUGACAUUUUCACAUCAUCUCAUCGAUAGCCAGGAUGGCUGAAUCCGCUGAGGCCAGCAAAACCUUGCCAGAGCGGCUCAAGGAGAAAGUCGAGACCGUUGUGGCAGACAAGAAGCCCAAGAAAGAAAAGGCGCCCAAACAGCCCAAACCUCCAAAGCAGCCGAAAGCGCCAGCCGAGAAGCCUGCCAAACCAGCCAACCCAACGCCUGCAGGCCCAGCAGACCCAACUGCCAUGUUCAAGGAGGGAUGGCUUGCGGCAGUCCGAAAGGAACGACCACUAGACGAGCCUGUUGUUACUCGAUUUCCACCAGAGCCAAAUGGCUAUCUUCAUAUUGGCCAUAGCAAAGCUAUUGCAAUCAACUUUGGAUUUGCAAAGUUUCAUGGUGGCAAGUGCAACCUUAGAUUCGACGACACGAAUCCAGAGGCUGAGGAAGAAGUCUAUUUCUCUGCUAUAGAGGAUAUUGUGCGGUGGCUUGGCUUCGACCCUGCACUCAUCACUUACUCGAGUGAUUUCUUCGACCGACUCUAUGAAUUAGCAGAGAAGCUGAUUACCCUUGACGGAGCAUACGUGUGUCACUGCACCGACGAAGAGCUCAAGGACCAGCGUGGUGGAACUGAUCCGAAAAACAAACACGAACGAUACGCUUGUCGACAUCGAGAUCGACCUAUCGAAGAAUCGCUGGCAGAAUUUCGAGCAAUGAGAGAUGGCAAGUACAAACCGAGAGAAGCAUUUUUGCGAAUGAAGCAGGACCUCACCGAUGGCAAUCCACAGAUGUGGGAUCUUGUCGCAUAUCGAGUGUUGGAUAAGCCACAUCACCGCACUGGAGACAAAUGGAGAAUUUACCCUACUUACGAUUUCACACACUGUCUAUGCGAUAGCUUCGAGGGGAUAACCCAUUCGCUCUGCACUACGGAAUUCAUACUAUCCAGAGUGUCAUACGAGUGGUUGAACAACAAGGUGGAUGUGCCGCAUAAACCAAUGCAGAGAGAAUAUGGUCGACUCAACAUCACGGGAACAGUACUAUCAAAACGAAAGAUCAAAAAGUUAGUGGAUGAGAAGAUCGUGAACGGGUGGGAUGACCCAAGACUGUACACCCUCGUCGCACUGAGAAGGCGAGGUAUUCCGCCGGGAGCAAUUCUGUCGUUCGUCAGCGAGCUUGGCGUCACAACUGCGGCUAUUAAUAUCCAGAUCAAACGGUUCGAACAGUCGAUCCGCAAAUACCUCGAGAUGACGGUACCUCGUUUAAUGCUUGUUCUGGAUCCAAUACCGGUCAUCAUCGACGACCUGCCAGACGACCAUUACGAAGAGCUAGAGAAUGCAUUUGGACCAAAGGAUGUAGACAUGGGGUCUCACAAAUUACCCUUUACCAAAAAGGUAUACAUUGAACGAGACGAUUUCAGGGAAGUCGAUAGCAAAGAUUUCUUCAGAAUGGCUCCAGGGAAACCAGUGGGCUUGCUGAAAGUGCCUUACCCGGUGGUUGCAACAAGCUUCAAGAAGGACGAGUCUACCGGUCUGGUCACAGAAAUUCAUGCUCGGUUCGAGAAACCUGCAGAGGGCGAAAAGGUCAAGAAGCCAAAAGCCUAUAUCCACUGGGUUGCCGAUGCGCCUGGACAUGAUUCGCCAGUCUCAUGCGAGGUUCGGGUUUUCAACCCUCUCUUCAAGUCAGACAACCCUGAUGCAGUUGAGCCGAGUUUCAUGGCAGAUCUCAACCCAGACAGCCUGAAGGUCUAUCCAAACGCGAUGGCUGAGGUCGGUUUGAAGGAGAUUCGAGCGAGAGCGCCAUGGCCGGAAGAGGCUGGGGAAAAGAAGGACAAGUGUGGCCUGGAAUCAGUCAGGUUCCAGGCAAUGAGGACUGGGUACUUCUGUCUUGACCCUGAUACCGAGGGGAUAGCAGGCAAGGUGGUGCUCAAUCGAAUUGUCAGCUUGAAGGAGGAUGCAGGAAAGACAGCAUGAUUGAUGAUGGACGCCUGGAUUCUACCGAAAGAAUCCGUAGGCAUGUAUGUUAUGAUAUUGUCAGGAGGGAAGACCUCACAUACGUCUCCGAAUAUGAUAGAUUGAUCGUGAAAGAGCCGUUACAGUAAUCAAGAUGAAAGUCAUCGAUGUA